AUGGCUAUCGAUUGGUACGCAUCGUAUGUAAACAGACGCCUCCCUGGUCUUACACUAAGUAUAAUGCAGUACGGGCGGCUUGGGAAACCUUUCAGAAUAUCAACUCCAAGACGAUGGAUCGUCGUUGUAACCCAUCCUGCCGUUUUGAAGCAAAUAAAGAACACCGACGAACGGUAUCUUUCCAUGCAAGCAGCAGCAGACGAACGGAAUUCAAUGUCAUAUCUCCUGAGUGACUGUAUUCACAAGAACCCGCUCCACGUGGCCAUUAUUCAGAGAAAAAUGAGACAUCGACUGCUGGAAUUGAUUCCAGACACGCUCAUCGGGUUAGACGAGAUAUUGAAACGGCACAUUACCGUGGGUGCUGAUUGGGUUACAAUCGAAACCAGCCAUCUGGUUCUUAAAUGCAUUUCACUCACAACUAAUCGAGUUUUGGUUGGGGAGGAGCUAUCGGGAGAUGAAGAAUGGCUUGACUUGUCAGAGAAACUGUCGUUGGCUAUUGGUAAAGCUGGUCUUCUGGUGGAUCUCACGCCAAGAUAUCUUAAGCAGGCUGUGGCUUGGUACCUGCUUCCGUCCGGAAUCUGGAAUGCAUACUUAUCGAAGCUGAGUGGUGUCUUUGAAGAGCGUGAGAAAAGGAUGCAUGAAUAUGACACAGGCUUGGUUGAAAGACCAGUAAGAAUUCUUCAUUGGCAGAUUUUAUUGUUCACAUCAACUGACAUCCAUCAGAAGGAUGCAAUUCAGUGGAUUUUGGAAGCUGCUGGACCAACUUCGCUGUACAAUCUAUGCAUGUACAUCCUUUACAUCCAAUUUUCUUCCAUCCACACUUCCGCAGCGAGUCUGAUGAAUGCACUCUUGGACCUUGCCUGUCAUCGCGGUUGGAACAAGCAAGCAUUAUCAAAUUUGAAGAACGUGGACAGUUCACUCCGUGAAAGUCAACGACUGCAUCCCAUAACCACAGCCACAAUGAUGAGAAAAACCCUCCAACCUCUCUUUCUGGCGGAUGGUACUUUCUUGUCCAAGGGUCAGUGGGUUGUAGUUCCGGCGUGGGCAAUAAAUCGGUCAACUGAGAUUUACACCGAUGCUCACACAUUCAAAGCUCUUCGAUCCGUGGAAAGUAGUCAAAAUGACAAAGAGUCUCCAGUUGACGCGUAUAUGCCUGGGGAUGGGUUCCUUUCAUUUGGCUUAGGACGACAUGCAUGUCCAGGCAGAUGGUUUGCAGAAAGUGAAUUGAAGUUGAUCCUGGCAUUCAUACUUGCUCGGUACGACUUCAAAUUACCUGACGAUACGAUCAUUAGGCCGAUGAACAAUUUCUGUUUCUUUUCUUGUGUACCUGAUGGGAUACAAAGAUUGGUGUUCAGAGCUCGGGGGAAAGCUCUGAGGUAA